ACCAGGGACGAGGCCGAGCCAACACAUUCCCCUCUCUCUCUCUCUCUCUCUCUCUCUCUCUCUGUUACUACCUCUCAAACCGAGGGGUGGGGCGAUGGAGAUGGGAGGAGGGGCGGCGCCGCCCCAGGGGCAGCAGCAGCCGCCGCCCGGAGCGGCGGCGGAGGCGGCGGCGGCGCCGCGGCCGGCGGCGGAGCGGCUGAACGCGGCGGUGGUGCAGCAGCUGAACCUGGAGUCGGUGAAGACGCGCGCCCUCGGCCUCGACAAGGCCAUCUCCCGCAUCCUCGGGGACUUCGACGCCUACGCCCGCGCCAACUCCUCCCCCAAAUGGCAAGACGUAAUCGGACAGUUUUCCAUGGUAAGCAUGGAGCUCUUCAACAUUGUGGAAGACAUCAAGAAAGUUUCCAAGGCGUUCGCCGUGUAUCCGAGAAAUGUUAGUGCGGAAAAUGCCGCAAUACUGCCUGUAAUGCUGUCAUCAAAGUUAUUGCCGGAGAUGGAAGCAGAGGAUAAUACGAAGAGGGAGCAAUUGUUAUACGGAAUAACAAAUCUCCCCAUACAUACACAAAUUGAGAAGUUAAAGGCUAGAAUUGAUAUGAUCGGAUCAGCCUGUGAAGCUGCUGAGAAAGUCAUUGCUGAUUGUCGCAAAGCUUACGGAUUAGCUUCACGUCAAGGACCAUCCCUUGUGCCAACCCUCGAUAAGGUGCAAGCUGCAAAAAUUCAAGAACAAGAGAACCUACUUAGAGCUGCAGUAAAUUUUGGCGAAGGAUUACGGAUGCCUGGAGAUCAAAGGCAGCUGCCGUCUUCUCUUCCUAGUCAUUUAGUGGAUGUGCUCUCCUUUGGAGAUAAUACACAAAAUUUUGGGGAUAAUUCUGGUGUCUACUCAAAAAAUACUCCUGCAUUUACAUCUAAUGCUGUGAACAACCAGGGAACUCCAAUUCAGGCUCCCGGAGCACAACAAAUUGGGAGAUCAGCUCCAUCACCUUCGGGUGUAUCAGGAACUGGUAAUUUUGAUAAUGCAUCUACACCUCCAAUGCCAUACGCUAAUUCCCCUCGAUCUAGCACGAAUAUGAUGAACACCCCGUCACCACAGCAGCAGCUCCAACAGCAGCUCCAACAGCAGCAACAGCAGAGGCAGAAAAUGAUGCAAGUGCCUUCUCAGCACCAGCAGCAACUUCAUUCGCAACAGCAGUUGAGGCCAUCUUCAACUCCUGGGGUUUUGGGACAGAGUACAAUGUCUCAGCUGCAUGAUCUACAGGGUCAGGCUCAACAAAAGUUGCAGCAGCUCCCUGGACAGCACCAGAUGCAAUACUCCCAGUCACUAUCACAACAUUUCCAAAAUAGACAGAUGCAAUCUAUGCAGCAGAACAUGGCACAAAACCAACUCAACCAAGGAAGCCAACUAAGGAGCCAUUUGAGCCAGUUCACUGGAGCUGGUAACAAUGCUUUGUUAAAUGCCGCCCAGGCAUCACCUAACUCUCAAAUGUCCAGCUUUACCUUCAAGAAAAGCAAACCACUUACUAGUUUGAGGGCUAUGGAUAUUCUGAUGUACAUAGCAGACAAAGUAAUGCAGAACUUGUUUGGGUUAAAUGGUGGACAUCCUCAAAGGAAUCAUGCUUCCCAAAUGCUAAAUGAUCAGAUGUUCGGUAUGGGGGCCUCAAACCCUUCCAGCAUGGUGGGAAUGCAACAACAGCAACAAAGCGUAUUUGGAAACAUGCAGACGAAUGUUCAAAAUCUCCAACCUGGUAUGGUAACCCUUCCAAACCCGACACAAAACCCCAAUUUCCCACAACAGAGGCAGCAGAAUCAGCAGUAAUCCACAAACCUUCCUUGAGCCAUUAAGCUUCUUACAGUAAAACCCAACAAGAUGUGGUGAGUUAAAGAUCGACUGCUUCAUAUGGCAAGUGUGAUUAGAGCCACGGAGGGGCUGUUUGUGUAAAUUUUUCGGUCCCUUGUAUAAAAUCGGAGUGGGAUAAUAAUACCACCAUGUACUUGGGAUUUAAGAUUCGGAAGGAGAGAGAGCGAAUCAACGUUUCGGGUUUCUGUAUGUACCUAACAAUCCUAGUUAUUCUAAUUUGGUGAUGAGAAUGAAUGUGAAUUUUUCGUAGUGUGCACUGCA